AGCAAAUACACCGGAGGAGAGUGAUAUUGGAGGAGUCAUGGUGAGAAACACCUCCAGCUGGCGGCCACCAGUACUCUCAGAGACUCAUAACCUCGCUGAUAAUGGCCAACCAGGCUCGGCUCUCCCCCCUCGUCACCAUGACCACCAAGCAUCUCAGUACAGGAUCAGCAUGUCCUCCACUGGGAGAUGGAGUUAUGCGAUGCUAUAACAUGACAUAUUGCCCAUAUGCCCAGCGAACACGCCUUGUUCUCGCUGCCAAAAACGUUACACAUGAGAUUGUUAAUGUUAACUUGAUCACCAAACCAGAGUGGCUAUUUGAGAAGAAUCCCUUUGGUAAGGUACCAAUUCUAGAGCAAAAUGGGCGGUGCAUAUAUGAGUCACUGAUAACAUGUGAUUAUUUAGAUGAGGUCUAUCCUGAGCCACCACUCUACCCAGCUGAUCCUUUGAAAAAAGCAGAGGAUCGAAUGUUCAUCGAGCGCAUCUCACAGAUAACUACACCUUUAUACAAGUUAUACUAUUCAAAGGAGGACGAGCAGACUCAAAAAUCCUGCGAUGAUAUCAAAUCUGGACUUGAUGUGUUUGAGAAUGAGCUUGUAAAAAGAGGCUCUGAAUUCUUUUGUGGUGGUAGGCCUGGUAUGCUAGAUUACAUGAUAUGGCCAUGGAUGGAGAGGCUUCCUAUGGUUCAAAUGUUUGCUGGAAAUGCUGGAAUCAUCAUCCAGGAUCGUUUUCCAAAACUGCUGUCUUGGAUGGAUACCAUGAAGAAAGAUGCAGCUGUAAAGGUCUCAUUCAUAUCACCAGAGACUCACUUCAAGUUUAUCAAGACACAUUUGAAUGGAAGUCCAGAUUAUGACAUGGAGCAAUAAAGAAUUUAAUCAUUGUCAUCAUACAUUAAAAUGUUUGUAUGGGUGUGAGUGACCUGAAUUUACCUGAGGGCCACCAUCUCUCUCUAGUCACCUUGAUGGUGGAUAGGAAGCCAGCAGUUUGUCAAACGUCCCCGCACAUGUCCUGAUGAUUUUUUCGAGUUGGAUUUUUAUUUUUAACAGUGUUUUUGCAUUAUGCUUUCAGCGGGUAGGCAAUUCCAUGGGUUAACCCUAUGAGUGAAAAAGCAUCUCCUGUUUUCUGUCUUAUAUUGUAGGUUGGUGGGAUAGAAUCCAUUGCUCCUUAUUUGUGAUACUUUUGGCCUUUUUAAAGAAGUGGUCUGGGACAAUAUUCUCCAAAUUGUUCUGUAAUUUUAAAUUUCACUGAGAUCAGUCCUGUUAUGUCUGGUUUGCAGGGUUGUUAGCCCUGUAGCCCUCAAUUGUUCCUGGUAUGGGUCAACUUAGUUCUGGGAUGAUUUUUGUUACUUGGUGUUGAACUUUCUCGAAAGCCGAUGUUGUUCUGAAAAUGAGGUCUGCAUACCUGGAUACAAUAAUCCAAGUGGAGGCACACCAGAAGUUUAUUCAAUUGAAUAACUACAUACUUUUCCUUGAGGUCAAAGGUAAGUAGGUAGGUGUGGGUUUACUAUUUGUAUUUACCAUUUUGUGCCUGAAUGAUCAAGCUGUUAGCUCU